AUGGCAUCCAGCAAUUUGCCUUGCUGUCAACUGAGGGCACUUUGUCUCGAGGCCGCCAGAGAGAUCUCAUCUGAAUGCGCAGGUGGUGAUGUUAAGCCACUCAGCGAGGUUGCGGGUUGCGAAAGUCCCCUUGUAGAGCUUCUCGGCCGUCAAGCGAACAUUAUUGCAAAAGAUACUUCGAUCGAUGCUGAGUCCUUCACGCUCAUCUCGAGGAGGAUUGACGAUCUCAUCUCCAUCUCGUACUCGAAAUUCUAUGCUUACGUUUUCAAGGAUCUGCCUGUUCGCUGGAGGGUAUUGUACACGGAUGCCAGCAUUUUGAAGUUUUGCUUUGUCUUCCUGGCAUCCCCUUUGGCAGGGGGUAGUUCCUCUGCUUCACCCGCCCACUCCCCCAAGCCUGAUGAUGCCUUACUGGAGCAACUUGUACAGCCUCUUGACCUUGCUAUUAUUCUCGCCGGCGCUGCGGGAAAUAGAAGAGGACGUCGCUGGAUAGAGCAAGCAUUUUGCCUACUUGAGAAUAUUUCCAAUACAUCUCAAUUUAUUCCAAGUUCAGAGACUGCUAGGAAAACCAAAGAUGGUUCUCAUCUUUCCAAACGCCUAAAGCUUUCUCCAAGCAACGCUUCGGCCAAUAUCUGGGAGGCGCUGGCUUCGUUCAAAACAACCGAACCAUUCACGCCACCAGUCAAGAAUCCAGUGAGGCGGGUCAAAAAACUCUCCCUAGAAUCAUUUCAGUCCUACAUGGACAAGCCUUCAAAUUUGGAUAUGGGACCCGAGCCUCUGAUCAUCACCAACGUCACGGAUGACUGGCCAGCUCGCACCACAAACCCAUGGUGCAAGCCUGCCUACCUGCUUUCACGCACUCUCAACGGCCGACGUUUAGUUCCUGUAGAAACUGGGAGGAGUUACGUUGAUGAGGGCUGGGGUCAAAAGAUAAUCCCAUUUUCCGCAUUCUUGGAGGGAUACAUUGAUCGUUCGGCUAUCUCUUCCUCGGCGGAUCAUGACAGUAGCAACAGCAAACGGACAGAGGGCGGUGGUACGGCAGGAAGCCUGCAUGAACAGGCGUCCAUAGCUUACCUAGCCCAACAUCAGCUGUUCACCCAGCUGCCCAGCUUACGAGACGACAUCCGCAUACCUGACUAUUGCUAUACCGCACCUCCACCCCCGCCGGCCUCGAUGUUUCCAACGUCGGAACAAAGACCACCCGAGCUCGAGGAUCCCAUACUGAACGCCUGGUUUGGGCCCCCCGGGACGAUCACGCCUCUGCAUACAGAUCCGUACCACAACAUGCUCUCCCAGGUCGUGGGACGCAAAUACGUCAGGCUUUAUUCUCACCUGCAGACGCCUCAUAUGGCCGCACGAGGAGUGGAGGACGGGGUCGAGAUGAGCAACACCAGUCGCUUUGACGUUGGGGUGAUGGAGGGUUGGGAUGAGGCGGACGGAGAGGAUGAAGACGAGGGCAAGUCGAAAGCUGUUGAUUUUGGGAAGAUUCCAUUUCUAGACUGCAUCUUGGAACCUGGAGAUACCCUCUACGUUCCCGUGGGCUGGUGGCACUACGUUAGAGGCUUGAGUGUAAGCUUUAGUGUUAGUUUUUGGUGGAACUGA